AUGCUGACCCGCAGUGUCCUCGGAGGUGGCAUGGACAUUAUCUUCCAAGGCAACAUCGGCGUCGUAUUCCCCCUCAGCAAUGCCCUUCCAGGUAACAUCGGCGUCAUCUCUCUUAUCGACGCUUCUCUCCCAGCCUGCACCGACAUCGACCAUAAUGACACUUCACGACAACUCACCAUUGACUACAUCCGGUACCAAUGGCAGAGCAUUGACCAUGCCGAUGAGCAUGAUAGCGCUAAACAGAACACUCUGGGGCUUCAUUUUGAUGCUCUGGGUGCUUGA